CUGAAUGUUCAGAAAUUUGCUCUACAACGCCUUCUAAAUCGUCACACGAAAUGCCAUUCGGACCUGAAACGAUACCUAUGCACAUUUUGUGGAAAGGGAUUCAAUGACACUUUCGAUCUGAAGCGUCAUACCAGAACUCACACAGGAGUACGUCCGUACAAGUGCGAACAAUGUGAUAAGUCUUUCACCCAACGAUGCUCAUUGGAAUCACACAUGAGGAAAGUGCAUGGUGUACUCCACAACUACGGCUAUAAGGAGAGAAGGAAUAAGGUGUUCGUGUGCGAAGAGUGCGGCUUCACAUCUGAACUAUUCGAUGUGUACGUCUCCCAUCUGAAGAUGUUACAUCCAUUCUCCGCCUCUCUAAUUCGAAUAUCGGCACCACCGAAGAAGCUGCAGGCCGGUUCCAAAAGCUCACUGCCUAUUAGACUCUUUGGGGCAGUUUAUGUCAUAUCAUUCAUACUACCCAUUCAUUGUGGUUCAUAA